AUGGCGCCUUCUUACAAACAGUCACCGGAGUCAGAGGACGUGAGACGUGCCGGUGAAACAGUCCACAAACUGCGCUCAAUUCUCCACAAGCGACGGACGUUAACGGGAAGGAUUAAACUGGACGUGAGUGAGUUACAGAUCGCUGGCUGGUUAACGAGUACUGUUCAUCUCCUCACCAAAACGGGAGAUACGGCUCUGACGUCACAUGCACUGCAGGAUGGAGACACUGGACUCACCAAUGCAAUACAACUUUAUGCUGGAGCUGAAGGAGGAAAUGGUUCAUUAAGUUGCUACUUCACUUCGUCUGGAAACACCAAGUUCUUCUGUAAAGGAGAAUGUAAAGAAGAAAACGUUCUCAUUAAAACAGAUGAUGUCACAGCUCAGAGCGGCAAAUACAGCAUCAAAUAUGAAGACGGAUCCUCUGGAACAAGAAUUUUGACUUCGACCUUUACACAGCUGAUCGAGUCGGACUCUGGACGAUACAGAAUUGGUUUGGGUGGAUCUUUGUUCCCAGAUUCUUACUGUGACGUUGACCUCAUAGUUACAGAUGAAGCAACAUUGGGGGUAAAAACCGGUUUGAUUGAUGCAGGAACUGAUGGAGGAAGUGUCACAAAUGGAUGCCGUGGUACUGUGAACGGAAGCAGGAAGUUCUUCUGUAAGGAUGAAUGUAAAAAAGAAGAAGACACCCUGGUUGAAACAGAAGGGAACAUAAAUCAGAGUGGCAGGUACAGUAUUGAAUAUAUAGAAGGAUAUGGACUGUCUGUGACCAUUACACAGCUGAAGAAGUCGGACACAGGAUGGUACAAGUGUGGUUACGGCAGACCUUCAUCUCCAAAUUCAUUCGACUGGGUCCGGAUUUUUGUUGUAGAUGCUCCAACCACUGAAGAACCAAACUGGACACUCCGACCUUUUCCAACAUCAGUCCCAUCAGCCUCCACACCAGCAACAACACAGAGCUUAAUCUCCAGUUCAGGAAGCUUCACACCUUCAUCAUCUUUCCCUGAAACCACAGAGCAGUUUGCAGCCGUCUCUGGUGUCUCUCGUCCAGGUUACUUCUGGCCUCUGGUUCUAUGUGUGCCUGUGAUUGUUGUGAUGGUUGCUGUUGUUCUGCUGUUCGUCUACAAACCGAAGAUGAGGAGGAACUCUGGUUUGAACGCCAGAGAAACUUCAUACGGCAGAAACAUGGAGUUAUCUGUCCACUUUGUGAAUCAUCCUCCUGUCUCCAUGAGUGAAGACCCGGACUACCAGAGUCUGGAUGCAGCCGACAUGGAUCCAGACCAAACUUAUUCUGCAUUCACAGAGACAACAAACAUGUGA